CUUGCGGAAAUAUUUUAUUAAGUAUAUUGUGACUAAACGGAAAAGAAGUUCGAUAGCUGUAAGAAUGAAUUUGAUCAUUGGUUUGACGUUAUUCUUCAUCGUUUGGACAACGCAACGCACCUUGGUAAAUAGUAAAAAAUUACUUAUCAUUGUGCCUUCACCACUUUAUAGUCAUCAAAUUGCAUAUCAAUCUUUAUGGAGGAAACUUCACGAACGUGGACACGAGCUUGUGAUUCUAACUCUAAAUGCGAUUAAAGAUCCAAACUUGACGAAUUACACAGAAAUCAAUUAUAAUGUUAAUUAUGGACAGUUAGAGAAAAUAUUAGAUAUGAAACUAAACAGAAGAUUUACAGAAAUGGAAUUGAGUGAGCUUCUAGAUAAUAUCCGUCAUAAUAUUACAGAAGAACUAUUAAAGCUUCCAAAUAUUCAACAAUUAUUUGUAUCUACGAGCAAUGAGAAAUUCGAUGCAGUUAUUGUGGAGACUAUAUCAUCUCCGAUUUUCUAUUUACUUGCUCAAAAAUUCAGUGCUCCUUUGAUAGGUAUUACGUCAACACAGUUACGUAAUCUUGAACGAUAUUUGUUGGGAAGUCCAAUAUUGCCAUCGCAUCUUUCGAAUUGGGAAAUAGAGAAUAUCUCAACUAAUGCACAGUUCUUGCAAAGACUGAAAAAUUUCAUAGACACCUAUUAUUACAUGUAUUAUUGGUUUUAUACCUUCGUUCCUAUUCAACAAAUGAUAGCGCGCAAAUAUUUAGGAGAUAAUGUACCCAGUAUCAUCGAGGCUGGACAAAAUAUGAGCCUUGUCCUCGCCAGUUCUCACAUGAUAAAUUUAUAUUCCCGACCAGAGAUACCCAAUGUUGUUUAUUAUAAUGGUGGUCAUAUUUCCAAAAUACCGCCAAGUUUGCCCACGGAUUUACGUGAAUUUCUUGACAAUGCUACAAACGGAUUUAUAUACAUAAGCUUUGGUUCAACAAUAAAAUAUAACUAUUUAAAAGAAAAUACAAAAACACUACUUACGAAUGUACUUUCUAAGUUACCUUGGCCAAUAGUAUGGUCGCGAAGUGAUGCAGAUAGCAUUAAAAAUUUCUCGUAUCACCUCGGUAAAAUAUUCAUUUCAAAGUGGGUUCCUCAGCAAGGCAUUUUGGCUCACCCCAAUAUUAAAUUAUUUAUAUAUCAAGGUGGCCUUCAAAGUACCGAAGAAGCUAUACACUAUGGUGUCCCACUAAUAGGAAUACCAAUAGUAUUCGACCAACAUUAUAACGUAAAAAAAAUAGUAACUUUCGGUGUUGCGAAAUAUCUUCAUCUGGCUAAUAUGACCGAAGAAAUAUUUCACGAUUCAAUUUAUGAUAUGUUUAAUAAUAUCGAAAAAUACAAAGAAAAAAUGUUGGAGCUUCAGCGCAUCGUCAAGGACGUUCCUUACAAUUCAGUGGAAAAUGCUGUGUGGUGGAUCGAAUAUGUUAUACGUAAUAAAGGAACUCCAUAUUUACAACUUAACGAAAAAUAUAUAUCGUACUACCAACGAUAUGAUAUAGAUAUUAUCAUAUUCUUAUCAAUAUUCAUUACUCUUUUAAUCAUUCUUUUAUUAUAUAUUACAUUAAAAAUCUUCUCGUAUAUAAUAAAGCACAAUACAUUCAUAAAAGAGAAACUUUCUUAA